GUUUCCAGUGCAGUUGCAGAUGUUACCGGAAAAGUGAAGAGAUAUCUGGACAACAAGGAACCGACAACUGAGAACGUCCCUCUGAAAUCUGUGCGAGAGGCUGAAUAUGUGGAGUCCUGCCUGAAUCUGUCCGAGCUCCCAGAACUCAAGAGCCUCGGCGCGACGGUACUCGCUUACAGAACAUCAAACUGCCCUUGUCUGAAGGUCACAGCAGCUAAAGACAAUAUCAAAGACGCGGUGCGUGUCGUACAGCAGCAGAGCUCAUCCAUUCUUAUGGAGAGCCAUAAAUAUAGCAAAGCAGGAGAAGCAAAGUUUCUGGAGAAAAAUGAAGCCAACAUGAAGACCAAAGCUAAGGAGAUGCAGUGCAGUCUGUAUUUAUCACAAGAGCAUGUGGUCAAAUCCAGCCCUCCAAAGAGCUUCACACACAAAAUAGGCAACUUCAUGACUCUGAGUAUCGCAGAAGGAGACCUGCACCAUUUCACAGCCGACGCUUUGACCUGUCCAAUGAAUGCCAAUCUAGCUUUCGGUAACCCUGUGGCUCAGUGCUUUCUCCAGUUCGGAGGAGACGAGAUUUCAGAGGUGUGUAAAACUCAGCAGAAGCAACAGCAGAGUCUUCUGCCUGGAGACGUGGUGCUCAGUGAUGCUGGGAAACUCAACGCCGGGACGCUCAUUUACGCCGUGUUGCCUCAGAAAGGACAGAGGCUGGACUCUCACUACCUUCAGUCAGCCGUGUAUAACAGUCUCCUGAAAGCUGAAGGAAAAGGAUGCGCCUCGAUGGCACUCCCAGCAGUCGGUUGUGAAAGCUUCGGCUUCUCUGUCAAAGACAGCUGCGUGGCACUCCGAGCCGCUGUACUGCAGUUCUGCAGCGACCGUCAGAAUUCUCCUAAAAACAUCAGAUGCAUCAGUAUAGUGGAUUCAGACGAGGAGAUCGUUGAGGAGUACAACACUCUGAUCCAGGAACUAGGAUUUCCUGACACAUCUACAACGGUUCCCCUACAAUCCUUGAAGCUAAAACACGGAUCAGACACGAGAGUGCUGAUCAAUGGUGUGCCAAUAUGCCUGAAAAACGGCGACAUCACCAAAGAGACGGUGGAUGUCAUUGUGAAUUCAACCAACAAAAGUUUAGAUCUGAACACCGGCGUCUCUGGUGCCAUCUUAAAAGCUGCUGGACAAUCUGUUGUUGACGAAUGCAAAAAGCAAGCUCCUCAGAAAACAGGUGCAGCAGUGCUGACGGGUGCUGGAGCGCUUCAGUGUAAGUUUAUCGCACAGAUGGUUGGGCCAGACAGCACCGCCGACAUCACAUCAUCUCUGGAAAUGGUUCUGAACCUCUGCGAAGCCAAAACAGCCACAACUCUGGCCAUUCCUGCGAUUGGAACAGGACGAGGUGGCUUUGCCCCGAAGGAAUCGAUCAAAGCCAUCUUCACAGCCCUCGAGAAACAUCUGAAGGAGCCGAACUCAUCCUGCUUCCGAAGCAUCACUGUAGUGGCAUUUGAACAAAAGACCUUUGAUGACUUUCGUGACCAUUUUAAAGUGUGGAAUAAGCCUGCGUCCGGCAAGAUGCCAGAAAAUCAAGUCAAAAUUGUAAGCGUCAGAAUUGAGGUAAAGAAAGGAGACAUCACUAAUGAAACCGUCCGGGGGAUCGUCAACACCACCAACAGGGACAUGAGCUUGAGAGGAGGAGUGUCUGGUGCCAUAUUUAAAGCAGCUGGAGCAUCUGUGGAGCAGGAGUGCCAAAAGCACGGUGCACUGCAGAAUGAUGUCGCAGCCGUGACCAGCGGUGGAAACCUGCAUUGUGACUUCAUCAUUCACAUGGUCGGCCCGCACUCGGCGGCAGAGGUGAGAUCCCGCGUGAAGAACGUUCUGGAGUGCUGUGAGGAGAAGCAGAUCACCACGGUCUCCUUCCCUGCCGUGGGCACCGGUGGCGGAGGCGUUCAGGAUGAGGACGCCAUCGGUGCGAUGCUGCAAGGCUUUGAAGAUCAUCUGUCUCAAAACGUCUCAACGGUGAUCAAGCUCAUCUACAUUGUGAUUGACCGGGACAACGUCCUACAAGAGUUUCAGAAAGGUCUCAAAACAUGGAUUGCGAAGUCACAGGAGAGUGAAGAUGAUGAAUAUGAUGAAUAUGAUGAUGAUGAUGUCCGAAGCAUCACUGUAGUGGCAUUUGAACAAAAGACCUUUGAUGACUUUCGUGACCAUUUUAAAGUGUGGAAUAAGCCUGCGUCCGGCAAGAUGCCAGAAAAUCAAGUCAAAAUUGUAAGCGUCAGAAUUGAGGUAAAGAAAGGAGACAUCACUAAUGAAACCGUCCGGGGGAUCGUCAACACCACCAACAGGGACAUGAGCUUGAGAGGAGGAGUGUCUGGUGCCAUAUUUAAAGCAGCUGGAGCAUCUGUGGAGCAGGAGUGCCAAAAGCACGGUGCACUGCAGAAUGAUGUCGCAGCCGUGACCAGCGGUGGAAACCUGCAUUGUGACUUCAUCAUUCACAUGGUCGGCCCGCACUCGGCGGCAGAGGUGAGAUCCCGCGUGAAGAACGUUCUGGAGUGCUGUGAGGAGAAGCAGAUCACCACGGUCUCCUUCCCUGCCGUGGGCACCGGUGGCGGAGGCGUUCAGGAUGAGGACGCCAUCGGUGCGAUGCUGCAAGGCUUUGAAGAUCAUCUGUCUCAAAACGUCUCAACGGUGAUCAAGCUCAUCUACAUUGUGAUUGACCGGGACAACGUCCUACAAGAGUUUCAGAAAGGUCUCAAAACAUGGAUUGCGAAGUCACAGGAGAGUGAAGAUGAUGAAUAUGAUGAAUAUGAUGAUGAUGAUGGAGAUGAUGAGUUGGAGGAUUACAGCUCAACGGAUGAAAGCUCCUCAUCUGACCAAGGAGCUGACGCCAGCGCAAACCCAGUGGAGGUGAUGAUGGGCCUGAUUAAAGUCAAGGUGCUUUGCGGAGACAUCACCAAAGAGACUGUCGAGGCUAUUGUUAACAGCACGACGACAAGCCUCGAUUUGAACACAGGUGUAUCAGGAGCCAUUCUCAAAGCAUCAGGACAAAUGGUGGUGAACGAGUGCAAAUCAAAAGCGCCUCAGCCCGCCGACGGCGUGAUCCUGACCACAGCUGGAAAUCUUUCAAAUAUCAAACACAUCAUCCAUAUGGUUGGGCAGACCAAUGAGAAAGGCAUCAGCAGCUCCAUGUACAAAGUUCUGGGGAUGUGCGAAGAAAAUAAGAUUCAGUCGGUUUCAUUCCCAGCUCUUGGAACAGGAGCAGGAAACUUGGCUGCUGCAGGGGUUGCCAAUGCAAUGACAGAAGCUCUGACUAACUUUAUGAAGGACUCACCGAAACACCUGAAGCGCGUCCACCUUGUGAUCUUCCAAGCGAAACUGCUGCCAGACUUUCAGGAAGCUGUCAAGAAGUGCAAGAAGAUUUCUCGAAAUGCUUCUGCGCAUCAGGUCAAACCCCUCCAGCAACCGGUGAUCCCUGUGCUGACACAGCGACCAGCUAUUUGUCUAGCCAAAGAAACGGCCGCUGUAUCGUUCCCGGUUAUGGCCGUUGAUGUUUACGGGACGUCCCCUACAAACCUCGCCAAGGUCAAGAAGCUCCUGGACGAGCUGGUCAAGCAGGAGUGCUUCAGUAUAGACGUCCAGUUGAGCCACAACACAGACCUUCCUGAAACGGACAAGAAGGCCAUCGUGGCCCUCAGCCGAGCCAAUCAAGUCAGCGUUCUGGUGGCCAGUUCAGAUAAGUUAACAGUAUCAGGGAAGAGAGACGACGUCUUAGAUGCUGUGCUGAAGAUAAACGGCUUCAUCCAGGCAGCGCGAGACCGAGAGAAGCGUGAAGGUGAGGUGAAACGUCUGCGGGAGACGCUGUGCUGGGAGGUGGCGAGAGGAGAACGCUGGGAGUCACUGGAGCCCAACAUCAGCUACGACAUCGAGCUCACCUUCCACCGCAAAGAGAAGAGCUUCCAGUACCAGGAGAACGGAGACACCUACACUGUGGACUUCAAACAGAUGGAGGUCACAAACAGCAAGCGGGAGUCCUGCAGGAUCAAGAGGACUCUGCUGGGGGAUUCUGAUACGGCAAUCAUUCAUCCCCCUCCAACAUGGACCAAAAUGGAUGGACGGGAUUUAGAAAUAAUCACAUUACAAUCAAAUUCAGUAGAGUACAAGAACAUAGAAACAGCCUUUCUGAAAUCCAGCAUACACCGUGAUGUGAAGCCCGUCCAGGUUCAACAGAUCGACAGGAUUCAGAGUCAGUCGCAGUGGCAGAGAUACUGUGUGCUGAAACAGGCCGUGGAUAAGAAAUACCCCAAACAGACAAACGAGCGCCAGCUUUAUCACGGAACGACCAAAGAGAUAUGCCAGAAAAUCAACAAGAACGGCUUCAACCGCAGCUUCUGUGGGAGAAACGCGGUCUAUCACGGCGAAGGCACCUACUUCGGUAAAGAGGCCUGGUACUCCUGCCAGGACAAGUAUUCCAACCCAGACGACAAAGGGCUGAAGUACAUCUACCGAGCGCGAGUGGUGACGGGCUCGCUGUGUAAAAGCAGAGAAGGAAUGAAGGAGCCGGAUCCGAUCAACCCUGCAGACCCGCGGGCCGGACUGCACGACUGCGCCGUGGACAGCCUCCAGAACCCGUUCAUCUUCGUGGUGUUCUGUGACGCGGGAGCGUAUCCAGAGUACCUCAUCACCUUCAAAUCCAUAUAGUCCUCCAGCCAACUCUACAAAUGCACAUUUACCCUGAAUGCUGCUGGCAGAGGUUAUGGGAGAGUCUAGAUUGCUUUUAUAACUGAGACAAAAACGUGAAGAUGUUUUCACACAUAACAUUCUUCAGUAGGGCUGUCAAUUAAAAAAUCACUUCAUUAAUUACAUGAUAAUUGCAUAGAUCAGUAUCAGCUAAGGAAAGCUCCCAAAUGAGGAAAACUUCAAAGACAUCAAAGGGAUCGUUCACCCGAAAAUGAAAAUUGUCUGCAUUUACUCACCCUCAUGUUGCUCCAAAAGAGUUGCUGGUCCCCAUUGACUUCCAUAACGGUGUUUUAUUCUCCACACUAUUGAAGUCAAUGCUACCAGCAUCUGUUUGGUUAUCAACAGUCUUCAAGAUCUCUUCUUUUGUGUUCAAUAGAAGAAAGA